AAAAUGCUGCGGAUUAUAAUGUCCCAUAUGAUAGAGAUAAUUUUUUUCAUAACGGACCAGGAUCAGAGGACUAUUGAGAGGUCUUCGGCUUGCUGACCAUCGGACCUUUUUGACGACGAAGCCCAUCAUAGAGGCUAUGCAUCUUCUGUCAGAAGGAAUUAACACACAGGUCCACCUCAGAUUAUUUAAAGGAUUUUAUUUUGUUCUGGAUGUUCCCAAAACGACAAGCUACUGAGUUGAAAUCAUCAUAUUCUAAGACUAGAAUAUCAUGGACUAGAAUAAGUUUGCACAAGGUGAAUGCAGCCGAUUUAAAGAGAGUGCUGUAGCCAAGGAACCAAGGCCAAUAUAAAAUCAAUACAGGGCUAAACACCGGGGUUUCUGUCUAUUGCCAGGAUGCAUUCAACUGUCAUUUGCGCAACAUCCACACCUGACUGCGUAAAGAUGCAAAAGUGAGCGGAUCUCGGAGUUAAACCCCAAAAAGAAAAAUGUUGUUCAAGAUGGACACUCCAUAUCAUUGCUGGGCGGUGCUUUUAUGUGUGACUUAUUGCGUUCUUGAUGGCAGUACGGGUCAUUCUGCAGUACCCAAUACCUCAGGCCUGCCUCUUGCGAUCCGACUCCCACUGCGCCAGGGCGCGCGCACAGACGCACCGGCCGCGGCGGCCCCACGCGACUCCGUCCCGGGGAGGCAGCUGACGCGUAGACGGAGGGGCAUCGAGGGUGUUAACUUUGUGGACAUGAUCGACAACUUGCGUGGGAAGUCCGGCCAGGGCUAUUACGUGGAAAUGGCGGUGGGCUCGCCCCCGCAGAAGUUGAACAUCCUGGUGGACACAGGCAGUAGCAACUUUGCCGUGGGUGCUGCAUCUCACCCCUUCCUCCGCAGAUACUACCACCGCUCUCUCUCCCACUCCUACAGGGACCUGGGCCGCAGCGUCUAUGUGCCCUACACCCAGGGCCGCUGGGAGGGCGAGCUUGGCACCGACCUGGUGUCCGUGCCCCACGGGCCCAACGCCACGCUGAGAGCCAACAUCGCCGCCAUCAUCCAGUCCGACCGCUUCUUCAUCAACGGCUCCAACUGGGAGGGCAUCCUGGGGCUGGCCUACGCCGAGAUAGCCCGGCCUGAUGAGAUGCUGGAGCCCUUUUUUGACUCCCUGGUCCGCCAGACCUCCAUCCCUGACCUCUUCUCCCUGCAGCUGUGUGGUGCAGGGUUCACCCAGAACUACUCCCUGGGCAGCGCUACCGUCGGAGGUAGCAUGAUCAUUGGAGGAGUGGACCCAUCACUCUACGUGGGAGAGCUGUGGUACACGCCCAUCCGCAGGGAGUGGUACUAUGAGGUCAUCAUCGUGCGCAUCGAGGUCAACGGGCAGGACCUGAACAUGGACUGUAAGGAGUAUAACUACGAUAAGAGCAUCGUGGACAGCGGGACCACCAACCUACGCCUGCCCAGGAAGGUCUUCCAGGCGGCCGUCAAGGCCAUCGAAGCUGCCUCAUCGACGGAGCAGUUUCCUUCUGGCUUCUGGCUGGGGGAGCAGCUGGUGUGCUGGCAGGCUGGCACCACCCCCUGGCCCAUCUUCCCCGUCAUCACCCUCUAUCUGAUGAGCGAGAACCGCAACCAGUCCUUCAAGAUCUCCAUCCUCCCACAGCAAUACCUGCGGCCGGUGGAGGACGUGGCGUCUGCGCAGGAGGACUGCUACAAGUUCGCUGUGUCCCAGUCCAGCACGGGCACCGUGAUGGGAGCCGUGAUCAUGGAGGGCUUCUACGUGGUCUUCGACCGCCAGAAUAAACGCAUCGGCUUCGCUGUCAGCACCUGCCACGUCCACGACGAUUUACGCACGGCGUCGGUGGAAGGCCCCUACCACGGCGUGGAGCUGGAGGACUGCGGCUACAACAUCCCCCAGACGGAUGAGUCCACGCUCAUGACCAUCGCCUACAUCAUGGCCGGCAUCUGCGCGCUCUUCAUGCUGCCCCUGUGUCUCAUGGUGUGCCAGUGGCGCUUCGCCCGCUGCAUCAACCCCAACGGGGACUUUGCCGACGACAUCUCCCUCCUGAAGUGAGAGAGACGGAGGGGUAGUUUGGGGUUGGGGGGGGGGGGGUCAGAGGUCAGACCCAAGAGUCCCGCUGAUGAGAUGAUAGAGGCAGGUCUGGGAUUGGGUUUAAAGGUGUGGACUGUUGUUGCUACCAGUCGGAGACAGCUCCUUUUUCUUUGUUUUCUGCUUUUGCUUGACACACUGCAGGAAUAUGGCGUGUGUUGCAGCAUUCCGGAAGGCGUACAGAAUAUUAAACCAGCUUUUAAAAUGAUUUGGAGAACAACCAAUAAUCAACGUCACGAGCUACAGAUGUCAUUGAGAGUGCGCUUUACUAAUGUCGUCGACAAAGACUCACUUUAUUUUCCGCACAGAAUAUUAUGUUAUUUUAUUUUAUUAAAUAGUGUUCAAAUUGACCCAGGUUUGGGGGUGGAAGGAUUCAAGGGGCUUUUUUUGGACAAACUUAAGGGUAAAGUCAAACAUGAGUUUAUGGAGGGAACUCAUGACUUGAAGUUGCUCUCAGGUGUCUUUAUGUUGUGUUGGCGGGGUGGGGGGGUUAUUGAAAAGAUCAUGUGUGUGUAAGGUGUCUGUAUGUAUUUAAGAGUGUGACGGAGGAGGAGGAGGACGCCGUGGAGCAUGCCUGUAUGUGUGAACCACUGUCAUUUAAAUGCAGAAUAUACGCAGAGAAUCCGUGAGGAUGCUUAUCACAGAGUAUAGAUAAACAUCAACUCUGCAGCUAAUUAGGUAAAUGUGUCAUUCUAACAGCAUUUUUGAUCAGUUCAGUUUUAUCUUGUAUGAAGCAGAACCAAUUGAUUGCAAAUAAGAUUCUGUCACCUCUUCUUAUAUUGAUAGCUUAAGUGUAUUUAUUGUACAAAGCGUCUGUCGUGCAUUUCCUAUCCAUAUCUUACAAUUGUGCGCACACAUACACAUGCAUUCACUGACCUGUUCAAACACACCUCGCUUUAACCUUGUUCCAACUGCGCCAUCUUUGAACACAUAACGUGGGUAAACCAAAACUUAACAGGGCUCCAUCUACAGACUCAGAAACAGUCCAAUUUACUGACUUCAGUGGGGACCAUCUUUUUACCCAAGUAAACCUGCCCAAAAUAUGCUAACACAAAAUAAUACAAUAUACAAAUAUCAGAAAAUAUGUCUUCAGCAGUUUCUACUACUGUCUAUAAUACUGUCUAUGAGCUACUUAAAAUAGAUUAUCUCAGAACUAUGUACUACAGAACUGGCUGAUGUCAGCUGGCAACACCAUUGAAUCAAUAAAGUAUCUAUUGUAACUGUAUCCUGUCCGUUUUUCAUUUUCA